AUGUCGAACUUAGAUGACACGUCCAUACCGCAAAUGACAAUACCUGUAUCUCGCCCGUUACCGCCAGAGCCAGUAAAGCUUACGCACAUCGAUCAGCUCUUGGUCAGGCGGGACCCGUCGCGCAUUUCCUCUUUCACAGGAAAGCAUGAUCGAUUACAUGCUCGUAUCUACGAUCUACUUUGGAACGAUCCCUUCACGGACAUGCCCAAUUUUUCGCGCCGCGCCCUUGCCAGCAACAUACACUUUCUCGUCAUGAAGAAAAUAUACGCUGUCGUGGCCGCCGAGCAGAUUCUCGCAGACAACAUCGAGUUAAUAUACCAGCACGAUACGUUGGAAACGUGCCAUCGUGCUCUCUUGACUAUUGUUCCGACUUCUGUGAAGGACGAAAACGUGGAGAAGGCGGACACGACUGUCUCGAUGACUGGCAACUGGGUAGCAGAUCAGGCGCAAGCUCUUGAGGGCUUACGUCAGACUGUUGAUUUGGCGAUAUAUGGGGCAAUAUAG